AUGACAUAUUACAAGGAAAACAUAAAAAUGUUUCUCCCCUACUCCUGGAUCCUGGGUACUUCUGAGUGGAUGCCUUUUGAUUCAAAUCCAGUUGACUGCUUUUUUCAAGGUCUCGUAGGUGCAUGUGGAGUAUCGGUGCUAUGCAAUCUGAUGAGAGUUUACUUCUUUAGUCAAACAUGCAGUGACAGUGAAAUUGAAAGCAAACAGAGGUCAUUGUCACCAAGCAGUCUGCUGAGAGGGAACUGGGGAACCACAGUCCAGUUCUGGUCACUGGCAGUCCUCUUGUCUCUGGUUGGCUCACGUGUUUCUUCUCUGAUAGUGCUGGAGUUUUCCCUCAGAGCUGUUUCUGCCUGGGUGUCAGCAGGACUGGAUCCUAAUGGCAGAGGCCUGGAUCGGCUCCUGUUGCAGUGCCAGUUUUCCCUGGGUUGUGGCCUCACUUGUACUCUGGCCUUCCUCCAUCAGGGGGCUCCACACAGCUCCCUCAGCUUGUUCCUGGCUGCUGCACUCAGCUGGGCACUGGCAAGCUCCUGCAGUAGUCUGUGGAGCCAUGUGGCCAGACUGUACCCACUGCAUAGUACAGAGCGUUACUGUGGGAAGUGCAUCACCCUCCUGACCUCUGGCCACACCAUAUUGGCUUCACUGCAAAGAGGGGUUGUCUUGGCUUUCGCUGUAGCAACUGUGGCCUCCACCACUACGGUUUAUGACCACUUCCUCUCCCAGAAGGAUGCUCUCAAGUUUUGGACUCCACUGACACUCUGCUACACCAUGCUGGUAGUCUAUGUUCAAGAGGAUCAGAAUCGACACACUGGUGCAGAGGCCUUCAUGCACGCUGUAGUGCUGCGGCUGGGAUCCUUGCUGGUGCUCAUGCUGACAGUGGGUCAGUGGUCUGAUGUCCUCCAAGUCCUCAUCACUUUCCUGGGAGAAGCUGUCUGCCUGCUGCCCUCUAAGGACCUGCUGCAGGCCGUGUUAAAGGAAGAAGAAGACACCACCUUAAGCAAACACAAAGAAAGCUCCAGUCACAGAACAAGGAAUCACACCCACUCAUCUAACAGUGGCUGA